AUGUCAUCCUCACAAGAUCCUGUUCAGUUUGCCUCCCCAGCUGCUUCGCUCGCGCCAACUGAACCAGCCACAUCCUUUACGGCCAGCACUGUCCCCGACGAACCCGAGACCGCUUCUCCCCAGGUUCGAUGGGUCCUGGACUUCAUGUACCCUUCAAAAGAAGGAGCGCAGUUUGUCGAAUGCUACGUCUGUGAAGGGCCGAGGAUGUCGCUUGAGCAGAGCCAGAACCGGAACCCUCCUGCACUCGUCAUAUUCAGCAACGCACACGUGCUGUUCACUGCACCGCCCCCGAAUUACGCCUUUCGCGAGACAUUUUUCCUCGUCGAGACGAUACUGAGGGACUUUGGCAGGGACGGUUGGGGUGCCGUGAAGCCUGACAACAUCAACAGCUCCCUGUGCAGUGUCGGUGUGCUUCUUGGGGUGAAGACGCACGCGCUCACGAAAGCCAUGCGCAAGGCAGCUCGACAGAUCACGAAGGGCUGUAUGGACAUUCCAGAUGACGGAGAAUGGGAUUGCACCGCGGACGCUAAGGACCUUUGCGAGUGUCGAGGUUGCCUUGCACGUUAUGGGAGGCAAACUGGUGCUGGCAGUAAACGACAGUUGGCGAUCGAUGAGGAGGAGGAGGAUCGGAUAGAAAAUAGGACCAUUAUAUUCAGGCGGGAGAAUAUCAGUUACCCCUUUGUUGCCUCGUCGAUCAACCCGGCUUCACCAUCGGAGACAAGCGAGGAUGACGACGAGGUCGAGGAGAUCCCUAAACGACGGAAACGGCAGCAUUGGACUCUCCAGACCUCCGUCGCCGAAAAGGAGUAG